CCCGGGACCAGCAAGGUCCUGCAGACCUCUGCUCCUCCCCGGCCUGCCGCCACUGACCUCCCUCCUCACUGCCUCCAGCUCCCACUUCCCCAGGCCCGAGCCUCUGAAGUCUCCAGUCACAGGAAAAUGAGCGAAGGGCAGAGGCUCCUGUUGGAGAAUGCCCAGCAGGUAGUGCUGGUCUGUGCCCAGGGUGAGCCCUACCUGACUGGGGAGGCAAUGCGGAGUCUGGCCAUCUUGGAGAAUGCCAGCCUGGUGGUGGGCAGAGAUGGUCGCAUAAAGGCCAUUGGGCCUGCUGAUGUCAUCAGAAAAGAAUUUUCGAAAGUAUUGUUUGAGGAAAAGAUUAACUGCUCUGGAAAAUGCAUUCUACCAGGUUUGGUGGAUGCCCACACUCAUCCUGUGUGGGCUGGAGAUAGAGUCCAUGAAUUUGCAAUGAAGCUGGCAGGUGCUACAUACAUGGAAAUACACCAGGCUGGAGGAGGGAUAAACUUCACUGUGGAGCGCACCCGGAAGGCUUCUGAAGAGGAGCUCUUCAACACUUUCCAGUACCGCCUGAGUUGUAUGAUGAGGGCGGGGAGCACCUUGGUCGAAUGCAAGAGUGGGUAUGGCUUGAACCUGGAGACAGAGCUGAAGAUGCUGAGAGUCAUCGAACGGGCUCGGAAUGAACUGGACAUCAGCAUCUCCUCCACCUACUGCGGAGCUCACUCGGUGCCCAAAGGGAAAACCCCGAGUGAAGCUGCUGAUGACAUUGUCCACAACCAUCUCCCUAAACUGAAAGAACUUUGCCAACGUGGUGAAAUCCAUGUCGACAAUAUAGAUGUUUUCUGUGAGAAGGGGGUCUUUGACCUCCAUUCUACCAGAAGAAUUCUUCAGGGGGGCAAAGAUAUAGGGCUACAAAUUAACUUUCAUGGGGAUGAACUCCACCCAAUGAAGGCUGCUGAGCUUGGAGCUGAACUAGGAGCCCGGGCAAUUAGCCACCUGGAAGAAGUUAGCGAUGCAGGUAUUGCUGCCAUGGCAACCGGAAAAUGUUCAGCUGUCCUUCUACCCACCACUGCCUACAUGCUGAGAUUAACACAACCUCGGGCAAGGAAGAUGUUAGAUGAAGGAGUAAUAGUUGCUCUUGGCAGUGAUUUCAAUCCUAAUGCAUAUUGCUUUUCCAUGCCAACAGUCAUGCACUUGGCCUGCGUAAACAUGAAAAUGUCGAUGCCUGAAGCUUUAGCUGCUGCCACCAUUAAUGCUGCUUAUGCCCUGGGACGCUCUCACACCCAUGGAUCCCUGGAGGUUGGCAAGCAGGGAGAUCUCAUUAUCAUCAGCUCACCCAGAUGGGAGCACUUGAUUUACCAGUUCGGAGGAUACCAAGAAUUAAUCCAGUAUGUUGUAGCUAAAGGAAAAGUCGUUUAUAAAAAGGACAGCACCAACCUCCAAGGCCAUGGAGAAAAAAGAUGAGAAGAAAACUGUAUAUACUAAUGGAGUUCAGUUCUAGCCAAUGUUGAUUUGUCAUUUCCUCAAAGCAGAGAAAUUACAUUGAAAUCAAUCUAUUUUGAUUUCUCAAGUAAUUGAAUAAAUUUGUAAUCAUUAGCCUGGGGCAUUGAAAUGAUCACUGGUUUUAGAGUCAGGGAACCAAGAUUAAGAUCCUAGCUCAGUUAAUUAUUGCACAUGUGACCUUAGUCAAAGUAAUUUACCUCCAUGAGGCUGUUUCCUUAUUUAUAAAAUGGCAGGAUCUAAGGUCCCUUCUGACUCUUAAUGAUUCCCAUUAAUGCUUCCAUUUAGUAAUACACAUUUAAUUGUGAUUCCCAUCCAUGAUUCUGUGUGUAUAUAUAUACAGACACACAUAUAUGUACACAGACACACAUUUUACAUAUGUGUGUUAUGUGUUUAUAUCUAUAUCUAACUUUCUCUUUGGGGAAUUUUACAUCUCUGCUUGUUUAAUGCAAUGUUGCUUAUUGUAAUGACAAAUGGCUUUGAAAGACAAGAUCUAUAAUCAGUGAAACGUCCAACCUCAAUUCCAGAGGACCAAUGAUAAAGCAGCUCCUCAGCUCUUGACCCAGAGGUGAUUCAAGAUACAGAAGGAGAAAGACAUUUUGGGACUUGACCAAUAUGGAAAUUUGAUUUGCUUGAUUAUGUGUAUUUGUUACAAGAAUUUUGAAAAAUAAAUUGGAAGUAGGGGAGAGGAGAAGGAAGAAAAUAAAUGCUUGUUAAUUGAAAAAUAAGAUAAAAAUGGAGGGGACAGUAAUGUAAUGGUGUACGAUGAUAUGAAGACCUUCAAACUAUGAUUGUCUUUUUAAAAAACAAUCCUGAUAAAAUGAUUUGUGUGAAAUGA